CAGGAAACCAUUCAUUUUUCUGCCAGAUAGAAUCGCGGCAUGUUUCUCGUCAAUUCUAUUGACGCUCUGUGCUAGUGUGCAUGACGAACUUUUGGAAGAGAAAGUGUCAGAAAUCUCAGUCAUACUGAUAUAGCAAUGAGCAGCAGGACAGGUGACAAAAUUGUGAAAUGACUGACUACCUUAAAAGGUCUUGGCCUUCAACACUAAAGAGUAGCACGAUAGUCAUGAGAACGGAAGUUGUUAUUCUUCAGCAGCCGUUGCCUGUUUGUGUACCACCAAACCAUGAGGUAACUUUAAGGGUUCAAGCAAAAGGCACUGGUGCACUGAAAUAUCAGUGGUUUGAUAAACAGCAGACAGAGGUGGUAGGAGGGACAGAACCCGAGCUCACCGUCAGUCUCCAGAGGUCUGGAAAUUAUGUUUGCAGAGUGAGCGACCUGUACUGUAACUAUCAGUUCACCGAAUGGGUGAAAGUGAGAAUCUUAGAUGAAGCAGGUGUUUCUAACACAUGGAGAGGGGAACCCCAUGUUGUCAUUCACCCGAAAAGCCAAACCGUUAAACCAGGGGAGACUUUCACUCUUAAAUGCACUGCGUUGGGCAAGCCCGCACCAACCUACCAGUGGUACAGAAAUGGUCGCAUCCUUACUGAAGAGACCAAAGAAACACUCAAGGUAGAAAAUGCUGGGGCAGAGGUUGCUGGUUCAUACCUCUGUGCUGUGUCAAAUAUUUUGGAGGAGAGAUGGUCUGAAGCAGCUGAAAUUGAGAUUGCACCUCCAGAUCAGCUACCAACAACCACGCUUAUGGCAACCGACAAAGUGGCAUUACUGAUUGGGAACCUGAACUACAGCCACCAUCCCGGUUUGAUGGCCCCUACCAUGGAUGUCCAUGAGCUGGCCAAUCUUCUGCAGCAGCUGGAUUUCAGAGUGGUUUCUCUGCUUGAUCUCACCCUUGAAGAAAUGCAGGCGGCCAUUGACAAAUUUCUGCAGCUCUUGGACCGUGGAGUGUAUGCUGUUUUUUACUACGCUGGCCAUGGCUAUGAGCACGCCGGCCGAAAUUACCUGGUGGCCAUUGAUGCUCCACGACCCUACCGUACAGAAAAUUGUGUGUGUGUACAGAGAGUAAUGCGCAGCAUGCAGGAAAGAAAAGCGCAGCUCAACGUCAUUCUCCUGGACACCUGCAGGAAAUGGUACAGUCAAAAAGGCCCUCCCUCUGAAAUUAAGCCUUUGGCUCCUCUGGGCAACACUGUGUAUGGAUACGCCACGAGUGAAGAUGCAGAGGCUUUCGAGGUUCAGGACGGUGGCAAGAGCACGGGGAUCUUCACCAAGUACCUUAACAAACAUGUCUUACAGCCAGAGAGGGUGACACGAGUCUUAGAGCAGGUCUCUGAAGAUUUGGGAAAGGACCCACUGGUUCGCGGCAGGCAGGUUGUGGAGAUCAGACACACUCUGAUGGAGCCACGGGCUUUGACUGAUCCUGUGCGAACAUCUGGACACACCAUGGAGCUCCGCCGGCGUGAUGCUUAUUGGAAACAGGCUAAUGUUCUUCCUGGUCGAAGGACUCUGCGCUUUCAUCACAGUGGUGUCCAGGUGGAGCUCAAUUUCUCUGCGCUGUUCUCCAAUGUCCUGGUUGUGUUUGGUACGGUGAGGAACACGAGCGCCAUGGCCCAGGACUGCACUCUCAUUCUUGAAAGCGAACCAAAUCUGCAGGACAUUUUCUCAGCUUCGGGCAGAUCAGAGGAAAUGGACUCCUUGUUUGUGAGCGGUGGUCAAACUCCUGACUGCACACUCAGAUUAUGUUGCCUUCAAAGACUCCAGGGAUCUGUGGUGAUCAGGGCUAAACUGCACUAUACUCAUGCACAAACUAAAGAGCGUCUGACAGAGAGCAGAGAGGUGGACAUAGACAGACCUCUCAUCUCCUCCUGCAAACUCAACCAGAUGAAGACUGUGGACAGAAGACAAGAUGCUCGAGGCCACACUCUGGACCACAUGUCUAACAUUAGAUGGUCUCAGCAUCAUCGUCCUCAUCAUCAUCAGCAGCAGAACCAUUCUCGAAUAGGACGACCCUACACCCGAAAAGCUGAAAACCUACUGCAGAGCUCAGCCAAAUCAUCCUCCAUGAGCAGCAAUGAGCCCGAGGAGAACGACGAAAAUGAUGAGAAUGAAUUUACAAUGUGACUCUCCUUUACUUUUCCAGCACAGUAAGACAUUGUUAUUGAGGGGAUAAGGGAUGUUCUUACAUUAAUUGUUUACUUUUGCAUACUUAUUAGCAUUGUGAUACAUGCGUGCGUGCGUGCGUGCGUGCGUGCGUGCGUGCGUGCGUGUGUGUGUGUGUAUAUGUGAAAUGUGAAAUGAAAGGAAGAAGUUCUCAUAUAUUUAUACCAAAUGUUUAUCAAUCAAAUCAAGUGUAAUGUUUUGAUCUAUCCUGUAAAGUGUUACUUAAAGAUAUUAUUUGUGUGAUUGAAUUUCAGAUACGAAUGACGUGUAUUUGGGAUGGAUUGUGUAAAAGAUGUAAGGACAGGAGAUUGAUUACAUAUUAAGUAUUGAUUUAAUAAUUAAAUAUAGGGCACCAUUAUAUUUUGAUGAUGUUUUAUGAAAAAUAUGAUGAUUGAAAAUAAUAAUUUUUAUAAAA